UUUUUCGACAAGAUGAUAAAUACUCUGUCUUCAAAAAUGGAGAAGCUGGUUUUCGACUCUAGAAUAGCAUGGAAAGCAUUAAAUGGAAUAUUUGCCGUUUACAAACCACCAAUGGUCACGUAUUUAGGCGUACGGGAUACUAUAAUUCAUCGUUUAUGCGAAGAUUUAAACAGUAUGCGUAUACGUCGACCAAUCAAACAUGUCUGUAUAGAAGGUGAUACAACUAAGACGAUGAAAGUAUUUACACAUCCGAGCUAUGUGGAUCAUCCAUUAGUCGUAGGUCCACGAUAUCAACCUAAAGACUUUGUAUUGAUAUGCGCUAAUUAUCUGAGCAGAGAUAUGUCUGGUCUCAUGGUCUGUGGCAUUAAUGGUGGUGGCAAAUGGGUUCAUAAAUUGAAAGAGUCCAAAUCUCCAACUAGUUAUAGAGUUAAAGGCCUCUUAGGACAGGCAACAGACACAUAUUUUAUAACUGGAAAAAUUGUCGAGAAGUCUACAUAUAAAUACAUUAAGCGGGAUGCAAUUGAUAAAAUAUGUGCUUCCAUGCAAGCUGUUCAUCAGAGAAAGAUGUUUGAAUUGUGUGGAUUGGAUAUGCAAAGUCAAGCUGCAUAUGAGUUGGCUGUGCAAGGUCCGAUAAGACCUGUUGACAUAAACAUUCCAAUGAUAUACAAUAUAAAAUGUAUAGAUUUUAAAUCUCCUGAAUUCACAUUAGAAAUUAUUUGCAUAAAUGAGAAUGAUAUGUAUUUGAAAACUUUGAUUCAUGAUUUGGGAAUGCAGCUCCAUAGUGUCGCUACGUGUACUCAAAUACAGUGUUUCCGGUAUGCGUUAUUUGAUCUAAAUCUUACCCUGUUGAAAAAACAUUGGGAGUUGGAAAACUUUUGUAAUAAUAUUAUACAGUGUAAUACUAUAAUUAAUGAAAAUAGGUAUUUAUUGAAACAAGAUAGUCCGAUAUUGAUAGAACGAAAUAAUUAAUUGAAAUCUAAACUAAUUAAAUGUACAUAAUAAUAGUAAGCCACAUAGUUUGAUAGUAAAAAGAAAG